AUGAAGGUGGAAGUACUCUCGCUGCUGCUGGCCUCUGCGGUCGAUGCCAGCUCGUACAGCUAUGUGCAGCCUAAAAACACCACCAUUCUGAGUCCGUAUGGCCAUUCUCCGGCUGUCUUUCCGUCGCCAAACACCACCGGAAAUGGAGGCUGGGAAAAGGCCAUGGCCCAGGCCAAAGACUUUGUCUCUCAACUGACGACCGAAGAGAAGGCAUGGAUGGCGACCGGCCAGCCUGGUCCCUGUGUCGGCAACAUCCUGCCCAUUCCCCGUCUGAACUUCACCGGUCUCUGUCUGCAGAACGGACCGCAGUGUGUUCAACAGGGCGACUACUCGAGUGUCUUUGUCAGUGGUGUCUCUGCUGCGGCCAGUUGGGACCGCAAGCUGCUCUACGACCGUGCCUAUGCCCAAGCCCAGGAACACAAAGCCAAAGGAUCGCAUGUCAUCCUCGGUCCCAUCGGUGGUCCUCUUGGUCGCAGUCCGUAUGAUGGCCGGGCCUGGGAGGGCUUCGCAGCCGACCCCUAUCUGACUGGUGUCUGCAUGGAAGAGUCCAUCAUCGGCAUGCAAGACGCCGGUGUCCAGGCCAACGCAAAGCACUUCAUCGCCAACGAGCAGGAAACACAGCGCAACCCGACCUACGCGCCCGAUGCCAAUGAAACCACCUACAUCCAAGACUCGGUCUCGUCGAAUGUCGACGACCGCACCCUGCACGAGCUGUACUUGUGGCCCUUUGCCAACGCGGCCCGGGCGCGUGUCGCCAGCUUCAUGUGCUCGUACAACCGGAUCAAUGGCUCGCACAGCUGCCAGAACUCGUAUGUGCUCAACCAUCUGCUCAAGGGCGAACUGGGCUUCCAGGGCUAUGUCAUGUCCGACUGGGGUGCCACUCACAGCGGUGUCGCGUCGAUCGAGAGUGGAAUGGACAUGACCAUGCCGGGUGGCUUCACCUUGUAUGGCGAAUUGUGGACGGAGGGUUCGUUCUUUGGGAAGAACCUGACAGACGCGAUGAACAAUGGCACCGUCAAGAUGGACCGCGUCGAUGAUAUGAUCGUCCGCAUCAUGACGCCGUAUUUCUGGCUCGGCCAGGACACCUACCCCAGCGUCGACUCCUCCGUUGGCCCUCUCAACGUCGACUCGCCCCCCGACACCUGGAUGUACAACUGGACCUUCACCGGCGCCAGCAACCGCGACGUCCGCGCGAACCACAGCAGCCUCAUCCGCGAACACGGCGCCGCAUCAACAGUGCUGCUCAAGAACGAGCGCAACGCACUGCCCCUGCACAGACCGCGCAACGUGGUCAUCGCCGGCAACGACGCUGGCCCGAUCAUCUCCGCGACCGCCGUGCGAGGCAAUUACGAAUUCGGCGUCUUGGCCAACUCGGGCUCGUCGGGCUCGUGCAAUUUCGCUUCUCUGUCGACGCCGCUGGAGGCCAUCACUGCGAGAGUCAAGCAGAAUGGGGGGAUUGUGCAGUCGCUGUUGAAUAACACGCUUGUUCUUGAGAAUGCGCUGCCGUCGCUGCUGACGGACCAAACACCGGAUGUCUGUCUCGUCUUUGUCAAGUCGUAUGCUGUGGAGGGUGAAGACAGAACAACGCUGGACUUUGACUGGAACGGCAGUGCGGUCGUCGACGCCGUCGCCAAAUACUGCAACAACACCGUCGUGGUGACUCACUCUGCCGGCGUCAACGUGAUGCCGUUCGCAGACCAUCCCAACGUCACUGCCAUCCUGGCCGCCCACUACCCCGGCGAAGAAGCAGGCAACUCCCUCGCCGACCUGCUGUACGGCGACGUCAACCCCUCCGCCAAACUGCCCUAUGUCAUCGCCUACAACGAGUCCGACUACAACGCCCCCUUGACCACAGCCGUCCAGACCAACGGCACCUCCGACUGGCAGAGCUGGUUCGACGAGCAGCUCGAAGUCGGCUAUCGCUACUUUGACGCGCACAACAUCUCCGUCCGCUACGAAUUCGGCUUCGGACUGAGCUACACCACCUACAACAUCACCAGUCUCUCCCCGAAAUCCGCUCCCUCCAACCUCUCUGCACUCCCGGAACAACGACCCAUCCAGCCAGGCGGUAAUCCAGCCCUCUUCGACACGGUCUACACUCUCACAGCCAAGGUGAGCAACACCGGCUCUGUCGACGGAUUCGCCAUUCCGCAGCUCUACGUGCAAUUCCCUACGUCGACCCCCGCUGGUACCCCGCCCAGCCAGUUGCGCGGAUUUGACAAGAUCUGGAUUGCUGCGGGUGAGACACAGACUGUUACUUUCGACUUGAUGCGUAGGGAUGUGAGUUACUGGGAUGUUGUUGCGCAGGACUGGCGCAUUCCCAGUGGUAGCUUCACCUUUAAGGCUGGCUUUAGCAGUCGCGAUUUCAGGGCGAGGACGACUGCUACGUUGGUGAAGUAA